AUGUUGGCCAAGAUUGCCUUUUUGUUAGCUCUUGUGGCCUUUGCUCAGGCCAUCAAGACUCCUUCCAAAAAACAGCAGCUGGAAAACGCCAAAAAACUUCUUGAGGUUUAUUCAAUGGCAGAUAGGACAAUUGAGGAUGAAAUCAUGGCUCAGCUGGAGGUCUUCCAGCAGUGGAUGAUUGAAGGGAAUCCUGAACUUGGUAUCCCAGUUUUGGAUCCAUUUGUGGUUGACCAUUUGGAAUAUGGGGCUGCUACUGAAGACAUAACAUUCAAUGUUGCCAUUGAUGGAAUGCAUGUCACUGGAUUGGCAGCAUUCACUAUUGCUGAACUGGAUUUCAACUUGCUAAUGUUGAGGAUAGAUGCCACCCUCAACUUCCAGGAGGUUCGUCUUUGGGCAGAUAAUUACUACUUGGAUGGAAUCAUGGCUGGUUUAUUGCCAUUGUUUGGAGAUGGUACAAUUGACAUCACAAUUCAUGACCUCAACAUAACUGCUGGUGCCGCACUCACAACUGCCAAUGAUCUUGUGGGGAUCAAGAACAUUGAGCUGGAUGUGAACUUUGGUGCCAUCACUGGACAAAUUGAGAACCUCUUGGGAGGAGACCUUGAUGGAGUCAUCAAUGACAUCCUGAACCUUUUGGGCCCAGAAAUCUUUGAGUCUGUGGAAACAUUGGUGAAUGCUGAUGUAUCCAUCCUGCUUGAAGAGUACAUCAACUCAAAUGUCCUUGGUAACAUGACUUUGGAUGACCUCAUUGCUCUUAUCACUGGAGGAAAUGGAUUUCAUGCAGUUCCUGUCAUUGAUGUGACUUCACUGGAAAAGAACACAGUUCAAUAUGCCAGACAAGGAAAUGCAAAUGAUUACCUAGAUUCCAUUCUUGCCAAUGUCAGAGAGUACCUGGUUGACAAUGGCUAUGCCAAUUACACCCUUCCUGAUCAGAUUGAAGGUUUCAGUGCUGAAUGGAUUGGCAUUGAGUGGCAUGGAGAAGCUACUUUGACAGAUGGCUUUCUUGCUGGACUGCAGACCAUUCAUAGGGUUGAGGAUGCUACCUUGUCAGUGGAUGGAGAAACAGGCACCAUCUCUCUGAAUGGAGUUGUUGAGUUCUUUGACUUGGAAGCUGGUUAUGCCAUGUAUGUUGGAUUCAUGGAUAUUGGCCUUGAUGGUGAGGCAGCUGUCACCAUCAGCUCCCUCAAGGUUUCUCUUGCAGCCCGGCUGAUUGUCAGCUCUGCUGACAGUAAGGCAUUCACUGUUGUUAUUGAUGAGCUGAACAUCAGCAAUCCUGGUUUAGUUACUGUGGUUUUCCAUGGACUUGGACUCCUUGACUUCUUGCUAGAUGGGUGUAUUCUAGUCACAUUUUUGGGAGAGAAACACUGGCUAAAUAUGCCUCCUUUCAACAUCAUUAAACUGACUAUUGCUGUGCUGUUGGCAGCAGUGGCAAAUGGAGAGAAGGCAGAGGUUACAUGGGGCCUCAGGCAAGGAAAUGCUGACCUUUAUCUGGAUGUUGUGUUGGAGGAGAUUGCAAACUACUUAACUUCUGAUGGUGGAGUCAUGGUUCUGCCUGACUUCAACCAGGAAUUCACGGAAACCUUCUUGGGAAUUGAGUGGCAUGGGGAGGCUCAGCUGCACAAUGGGACCUUGACUGGUCUUGAAGGCAUGCACAGACUUGGUGAUGCUUUUCUGGUUGUGGAAGGAGACAACUCCACCAUUUCUCUGAGUGGAGCAAUUGAGUUCAAGGAUAUGGCAGCAUUUUAUGCCAUGCAUGUGGGCAUAAUGGGGAUUUGGGUGGAUGCAAAUGCAGCAGUCUCCAUCAGUUCAGUUGAAGUUGACCUCAAGCUGACAGUGGUGGUAAAUCCAGACACUCCAAAGUACUUCUCUAUCAUACUUGAGGAGCUUAGUGUUGUGAACCCUGGAGAGAUCACAAUUGACUUCAGUGGACUUGGUGCAAUAGACUUCAUCCUUGAUGCUCUGGGCUCUGUGUUGGUAGAUGUUUUUCAAGAGAUGAUCUUCAACUCUGUUGAGGCUCCCAUUCAAGAUGCCAUCACUGCUGCUUUGGGUGAUAAUGUUGAUCCAAAUGCAUACAUGGAUGAGAUGCUGACCAGUGUUGCAGACCUGAUCAUUUCCAAUGGCUGGGAUAAUUAUCCUCUUCCUGAUCAAGUCUUGGGAUUCAGUUUUGAAGACUUCAUUGGUAUCACAUGGCAUGCAGAAGCCAUGCUGACGAAUGGAUUCAUAGCAGGUCUGGAGACUAUACACAGGAAAGAGAACCUGAACAUAUGGAUUGACAAAGAGACUGAUGCCAUCAAGCUUGAGACAAAGUUGGAGUUCUUUGAUUUUGAGGCAGGAUAUAAUCUGUAUGUUGGAGCCAUGGGCAUAGGCAUUGAAACAUCAACUAUUGUCACCAUCUCCAAAGUUGAGGUUUACCUGAGGACCAGUAUUUUGGUGACAGAUGAGCCAGUAGGAAAUUCCACAUCAUUGACAAGAGGCAUUCAGGUGUCUGUUGAUGAACUUGGACUUGAUAAUCCCUUCUUCAGCAUUUCUGUUGACUUUGAUGGACUUGGACUCCUGGACCUGGUCAUGGAUGCUUUGAUUUUUGUUGUUGUCAACGUCUUUGAAGAACUCAUCUAUUUCCUGAUUGAAGGCCCAAUAGCUGAAGCAAUAGAGCAGACCAUUGCUGACCUUCUGCCCACAAAAUUGCUCAUGACCAUGUUGCCCUCAGCAUUGCUGCUGAACUGAUUGUGAUGCCCUUGAGUAAACCCAGAAUACUUCUUUCCAAACAGUCAUUUGCAACCAAAUUUUUCUUCUAAUCCACAGCAAAACCACAUCAAAUAUGUCAUCAUCAACAAAUUGUGUAGGGAAAAUGCAAAAAAGAAAUAAUAAAUCACACAACUCCCCUCCACCUCUCAAAUCAA